AUGGCUGUGGCCGCUGCCGACGACGGGACGGCGACGGACCCGGCGGGUGCUGACAAGCCGGAGCCGAAGCCGGUUAUUGCUCCAAAGCCAAAGCCAGAACAGCCAAAACCAACGCCUCAGCCCUACCAACCCAAACCAUCGCCGAAGCCAGAGCACCCGAAGCCCACGCCCCACCCCAACCCAACUCCAGAGCCCACGCCGCAUCCCGAGCCGAAGAAGCCGAGGCCGCCGCCGUACUCGCCGGGCACGCCUGUGGUUUUGUCUAUCCUGUGGUUGUGUUGGAGGAGCAGCGACGGGGCUUGGUGGGCCGCCGAGCUGGACGCCGCGGUGGGCUCGUUCGACGGCGGCAACAACCUUGGCGACGACAGCGGCAACCACGACCUCCUCGGCGGCACAGACGGCGUCCGCGACCUCCUGGGCAGUGGAGACGGCGGUCACGACCUCCAUGGAGACAGCGGCAACGGCCACGACCUCCUCAGAGACUCCGACGUACUCAUGUGGGCGUGGGUGUGCGUGUGUGUAUGCAAGUGA